AUGAGUAGAUAUCCAUAGGUGUUUCUAGAUUUUCAAAUAGGUACAUAAGCAGCAGGUAGAGUUAUCUUUGAAUUGUUUAAUGAUGUAACACCUAAAACAGCAGAAAACUUUAGAGGUCUUUGUACAGGUGAAUAUGGCAAUGUAGGAAUGGCAAGAAAAACAAAAAAACUACAUUAUUUGAAUACAAAUGUAUUUAGGAUAGCAGAUAAUAUGUUGAUUCAAGGGGGAGACAUUAUAAAUAAUGAUGGAACUGGAGUAUUAUAUAAUUUAAAUAAUAUUAGGGUGCUUCAAUAUAUGGUUAAACUUUUGUAGAUGAAAAUUUUUCAAGAAGACAUGCAUGUGCUGGUUUGUUAUCAAUGGCAAACAGAGGAAGAAAUACAAAUAAUUCUUAAUUUUUUAUUACUUUAAAACCAUGUCCACAUUUAGAUGGAAAACAUGUAGUAUUUGGAUAGGUUAUUGAUGGAAUUGAAGUAAUUAAAAGAGUAGGUCAAGUGCCAGUAGAUAUGUAAGAUAGACCAAGGAUACCAGUUAUUAUAAUUAAUUGCGGUGAAGUGUCAGAAUCUAAAAAUUGGUUAAUUUGUGAUCCUUUUAAAAAAGAGAUUAUGGAGGAAAUUCAUAGAGAUAGAUUAAAAGCAUUAUAUGGAUAAGAUUAUUUGGAUGAAUUGGAUAAAGAAGAGGAAUAAAAACUCUAGGCAUUGAAUCCUGAAAAAAUUAAGUAAUAAAGUUAAGAAAAUUAAGAAGAUAAGAAAGGAUAAUUAUUAGUUGAAGGAUUGUUAAAGAAAUCUACAGAAGAAUAAGAGUAAGAAGAUGAUUCAUAAGAAGGUUUAGAAUAAUUUGAAGGCAAAAACUUUAUGACAUAAAAACAUAAAGAAAGAUAUUUGGGAUUAAAAAAGAAAAUCUAAUAAUCUAAAGUAUUAAAUGAUAAAGCAGUUUUAAAUGAAGAAAGAUAAAAUACUGAUGCUUAAUAUGAUAAAUAUGUAAGGAAAAGAAGAUAUCUUUUGAAAAAGGAGGCAGAAAAAAAAGAAUUAGAAUUCAAAUAAAUAGAUGAAGAUAAAGAUUAUUUAAAUAGAUUAACAAUUAAACAUGAUGAAGAAUAAGAAAGAAAAAAAGAAUAUUUUGGAUGGGAUGUAUUUAAUGAAGAUGCUGUUUAUAAUGCUUAUAAGAAAAGAUGUACUACUUUAGCAAAAGAUGAAGGAAAAUAUAAAUAAUAAAUGGGUAUUUUAUAUAUAGAUUAAUUUUUAGAGUCAAAUUAAGAGUUUGUGCCUACAAAUGAAGCAUUAGAGAGACUGAGUUCUGAUAUUACUAAAUAAUAAGAGAGAAGAAAAGAGUUUUCAAGAAGAAGAAGAUUCAAUGAAGAUUAACCUGUGACUUAUAUUAAUGAAAGAAAUAGGAUCUUCAAUAAAAAAUUAGAGAGAUUUUUUGGAGAUUAUGCUGCAGAUAUUAAAGCUAAUUUAGAAAGAGGAACUGCAUCUUGAU